UGUAUUUGGUCGGCGCGUCUGUUCCUCAACUUUUCAUCCAAGUUUUCUUCUCUUUCCCUUUUCUGUGUCUCUUGUAAACACUUUCCCUCGAAAACAUUAGGGGGAAAGUUUUCGCACGUCAUUUUCCGGUCACUCGUUCUGCUGGUCGAGGAUCGUCGCGACCGCUUGCUCUCUUUACUGUGCCGGCGCUUACUCACCUGGUGUUUUUCAAACAUCUUUUAGGCACAAUGUACGCAGACGCGCCAAUCGCGGGACACCCAACAGAGGCACUGGUCGGUGGACAAAAUGGCUACCCUGCCAUUCCCACGUCAGCUGCCCACAUUGCUGAGCAAAUGGAGAGUGGUGGUGCGCGCGUCGAGGAAACGCUCGUGCGUCUGAACUGCAAGUACCAAACUCUCUUUUUCUGUGCGGGCAUGGCUGCUGUCACAGCUGGAGUCAUCGGCGGCCUCACAUCCCUUUUGACUCUGCAGCUUGCCUGUCUGGUCAACUCCACCUUCCUCCUCGUCUUCGGUUUUGUCAUGAUGCUUCUAGAUGUUCCUGGAGCGCCUCGAUGGGCAGGACGGUACCGAUCGUCUAUCCGCAAAUAUUUCCGCUUCCUCACUCGCCUCACUGGCAAGGCUUUGUGGCUCUUGUUCUUGGGGAGCAUGACUGCUGUCACCUUGUGGCCGUCGAAUCGCCAGGCCCACGCUCUGCUCUUCUUUACCAUCUGCCUCAGUUUCUUCGUCUCUUCGGUCGCUAUUGUUGGUUUGCUCAUUGCCAUCAGGAAGUCCCUGCGACUGGAGAAAGUUCGCAAGGCUAUUUUGAUGAGCUGCAAGGGAGCCUACAUCGACGUGUACCGCAAGUAUGCCAUGACCGACCCCCAGCACGGCAUGCAGUUCGAGGAGUUCAACCGCCUGUGCGCAGAUGUGACUGGUGGACGCCUCCAGUUCGACAUCACUGAUCUGGGCAUCAUCUACAACGCUCUUGACGACCACCAGAAGUCGGCAAUCAACGAGCGCGAGUUUUCCGAAUGGAUGACAGGUUCCAUGACUUACCUGUAAGGUGCCGCUUCAUGGGGUCAACGGCAGCAUGAAGCAAUCGAAUCCCCUCGAGCUUGAUGCCAGGAAGCGGAGCGGCUGGGGUUUGCAUCUCGGAGUUCUCUGGUCACUGACCGCUGCGCCUUGAUUCAAAAGAAAUCUGCCUAGCACUCGGUGCCAGGCGGGUGUGUAGACAUGCUCAUAUGCGUACACGACCUGACUUGGCGAACCUGUAGAAUCAUUUUUUGCUAGUGAAGACAGUCGUGGAGUAUCGUUCACCAGAGGGCUGAAGAAGGGUGUGAAUGUUCGGCCCUGUCUGUUCUCGCGGUUUAUGCGCGUGAUUCUGAUGCCGUUUUCUCAAGCGUAUUAACCAGAAAGAAGAACCAAGGCGUCCCACUUCGGUGCCUCCUUUUCAGUUCGAGAAACCAUACAGAAACGAGCCGCUCGUGACCCGUUCAUCUGUGUAGCAAAAGGCUUCCACCCCCGUUCUUUCUUUGUUUCACUUCACGAAACUUUCAACUGGCUGUGUUUCCUUCGAAUUUCUCUCCGGAAGGAGAAAUAGAAUUGGUUUCCUGUUUGAAGGGUCUCUCGCUGUUGCAAACGGCAAAGCACAGACGUGUCGCGCAUGCGCGUCUGGAUCUGCGCAGCUGAGUGGUGGAGGCCUUUUGUUUGUGUCUUCACUUUGUUCUCUCUUUGUCCUUCCUAGCCGAGACAGAAAAAGCUUGAAAGGCCACGGUUUUGUCGGCAGUAUCAAACGCUAUGGCUGCUACACAUGCUAUGCGCUUGCAUAGGUGUGCUCACGCACCUAUGGAGAUAUGCGUGUAUCUAUGUACGUCACGUAUGUGCAGUAUGCUGCUCAAUGAUGAGGCAGUCGGUUAGUCUCUUUUUUCGUUCUUUCCUUGUCCGUCAUGGAUACUCCCGUUUAAAAGACCGGUGGAAAAAACACUGAUCUCGUAAGUGGUCGUGCUGCCUCCUGGACGAUUGGCGCCUUUCCUUUAAUUUAAAUCGUCAAUGUUUCCCGG